GAGACUACGCUGGGGAAAAACCCAAGACAGUGCAUCAGCAGAAGUAGGUGUGUCUGCUGACUUUUAACAUUUCUUCCAGGAAGUCGAAUUUUUGUCUUGAAGUUAAGUGCUGUCCGGUGUAACCGGGUGUAACAGCAGUGCCUCCAGCCUUUUGAUAAACUUUUGUUGCUGGCCGUCAUGUCGGAUUCUUUGGACCGGUCCACCAAGAUCCACUUGUUGAAGGAGCCUGUUGUGAAGAAGCUCUGUGAGGUGUUGGAAAAAUCCAGCAAUAGAGGAUGGCGAAAACUUGGAGAGAUAGUCGGCAAUGACAAGCGUAUUAAAGUCAGCUCAAACGACAUGGAGAUGUGCUCUCUGAAGGUGUUGGAGCUAGAGGGAAGCCCGAGUCGCAUGUUGCUGAGGUUGAUGGGAGAACGAGGCUGCACCACAGGUCACCUGGUUGAAUACCUCCAAAUUCUCGGCAACUCAGAAGCCCUGCAGUGCCUGAAACCAUCAGCCCUUCAGAUCCUCAUUCAGCCCCAGUCAGUGGCUCUCAUAUCUGGCCACAAUCUUCGCCUGAGCUGCCACGCUGUGGGAAAAUCUCCAGUACAGUACCAGUGGUUCAAGACCAAGGAAGAGGUGCCAAACAGCUUCUCCCCAGACCUGGUGAUAAGUCCAGUCCAUCUGAAGGAUGCUGGCUUUUACAUCUGCAGGGUCAACUGUGGAGAUACUUUUGAAUUCAGCCAGUGGGCUCAGGUGGACGUCCUGAAUGUCACCAUGUCUUGCGGGCAGAGUUAUCAUUCCUUAGAGGGUCGGCUGAAGUUGGUGAUCCAACCCCAGCCCCAGCGGCUAAAUGUUGGAGAAACCCUGCAGCUGGAGUGUGGAGCUGUGGGACGGCCGAUCCCUCGAUACCAGUGGCACAGAAAUGGAGUUCCGGUCCCCAACGCCACAAAGAGGAAACUCAUGAUUCCUCACUCGAUGCAGGAUCAGCACGGCAGGUAUCGUUGUGAGAUCAGCAGCAGCACAGAGAGAAUGUGGACCAAUGAAGUGGACGUUGUUAUUGCACCGAGGAUAUCUGUCCAGAUUUCAGAGGCAACGGAGUGCUCUGAAGAUGAUGUUUACGGCAUUGGAGGAGGUUCCAGUGAAUUGUUCCUAAAUAGUAUUCCAGAACAACUUUAUGCGACUGACAAAGUGGCCCUGCUGAUCGGCAAUCUGUCUUACCAGAACCACCCGCAGCUCAAAGCUCCCAUGGUCGACGUGUAUGACCUCACCAACCUCCUGCGACAGCUAAACUUCCAGGUGGUUUCACUGCUGGACCUCACAGAGUCAGAGAUGAGAAACGCUGUUGACGAGUUUCUGUUGCUGCUCCACAAAGGAGUCUAUGGUCUGCUGUAUUACGCUGGUCACGGAUAUGAGAACUACGGAAACAGUUUCAUGGUGCCUGUAGACGCACCAAACCCGUACCGGUCAGCCAACUGUUUAUGUGUGCAGAGCAUCCUAAAACUGAUGCAGGAGAAGGAGACAGGCCUCAAUGUUUUUCUGCUGGACAUGUGCAGGAAGAGGAAUAUUCAUGAUGACAGCGCUCCAAACAUUGUCCUAAGGGUUACAGCCAACAUUGUCUUCGGAUACGCUACGUGCCAGGAUGCCGAGGCUUUUGAGCUGAGUUCCAGCGGCUUCACCAACGGUGUGUUUGUCAAGUUUUUAAAGAAGCGGCUGCUAGACGAUGAGAAGAUCACCGUGGUGCUGGACAGAGUCGCUGAGGACAUGGGUCAGUUUGACGCUACAAAAGGAAAGCAGGCUUUGGAGAUCCGCAGUAGUCUGUCGGAGAGGAGAGCUCUGACCGAUCCUAUCCAGCCCGGCGACAGCGCUGAUCUUGCUCACUAUCGCAGCCUCCAGUGGGCAAAGACUCACGAGCUUCCUGAGAGUAUGUGUCUCAACUUUGACUGCGGGGCUCAGAUCAAGUUGGGCUUCGCUGCAGAGUUCUCCAACGUGCUCGUCAUUUACACUCACAUCAUUAAGAAGCCCGAGGACAUGUCCCUCUGCCAGGCUCACGUCACCGACUUCUCACAGGACCUUGAUGUGGAUCCUAAAGAGAUGAACAGAGAGACUCCAGAGGAGACAGGCAUCUACCUUCUGUCCAGCAACCUGCCGCAGCACUGUCUUUACACCAGAGUCAGCUCACUGCAGAAACUCAGGGAGGAGCUGGUCUUCACUGUGUGCCUCCAGGGCACUUUCACCGCCAUGGAUGACGAAUCUGUCCACUGGACCAAAAGCAUCAACAUUGGCAAGCCACUGAUCGCACGACUGGACCUAAACCGGGCCAUGCGGCGAAAUAGCUGCAUGCAGACAUGCGGGAUGCCUCACAGCCCAUCCCACAGUCCCUGUCACAGCCCCGGGCCCGAACACCACCUCCACCUUCAUUACGGGUCACACCAAGCCCAGGACUACAGCCGCCUGUCACCGUCACAGCACCACUACCUGGACGUCUACGAGCGUGUUCAGGGUGCAAUGGGAGGCUGUGGGGAUUCCUUCUAUGACCUCAAUAAGUCUCGCUAUGAACCUGUGUAUGACUCAGCUGCUGGGCUUUCAAGUUCACCAGGCCGGCUCAGCAUCCCUAUAGAGACCACUGACGACAUCAACGAGCUGCAGACGGUGUUCAUCAACAGUCUGCAGCUUCAGCAGCCGUGAAAAUGUCUAACGUUUUGUAUCUGGAAUAUUAAUGCUCUUUCUGUUAUAUGUUGUGACUUAAUACGAUUUUUUUGAAUAUUAUAUUCUUCCAGUUAAAAGCAUUAUUUUCCUCGACAAACUGAAUUCCCGCAUCCAUUUUUAGAAGAAUUAAAAAGUGUACUUCAGUAAACUGGGAUAAUUUCCGUAAUCAUGUUUGGCAGAGGUGUCAAUUUACCAAUAACUCAACGAAGAAAAGUAAAGAUACUGGAUGCUAAUAGUCAAGAUCACAGUUCUGAUUUUUCUUCAGAGCUGGAAUUGUACCUCAUACAAACAUUUGUUUAAAAAAAAAAAAAAUUAGCCAAAUGUGCACAUUUGGUCUAAAAAACAAUCUGCAGUCAGAGGAAAGGGAGGCUGGAGGAGCUCCCUCUGCUGUACAGGUAGAAUACAUAUCUAAGACCAUCAGCAGAUUUUUUGUAAUAUAAUUAACUAAUUAAUUAAAAGGAGAGAAAGUCAUGGUUAAAGAAAAAUAAUGAGUAGAUAAUUUCACCCACUUUCCA